CACCAGGAAUUCUCGUUUUUCAAAUCCUCAUUUGAACAAUUUUGCGUCUAAUUACUUCAUUAAAAUUUCAGAAACCACUUAGCCAAGCUGGGAAAAAAUGGUGGCGAAAAAGAGUGGCAGAAACCGAGGAGGCGGUGGCGGAGGAACCGCCGCUGCAACGGAAGUUUCUGUCGAGGAAUUAGCACGUGUUCCCUUGCAAGCCAUCCUCUUAGCUGAUAGCUUCGCCACUAAGUUCCGCCCGAUAACCCUUGAGCGCCCGAAGGUUUUGCUGCCGCUAGUGAAUGUUCCGAUGAUUGAUUAUACUUUAGCGUGGCUAGAAUCAGCUGGAGUUGAAGAGGUUUUUGUGUUUUGUUGUGCUCAUGCGAAACAAGUGGUUGAGCAUUUGGAAAAUUCGCAGUGGUUUGCACAACCGAACUUUUCUGUGACGGCUAUCGAAUCGAACAAUGCGGUUGGUGCUGGUGAUGCUUUGCGUUUGAUAUAUGAGCAAAAUGUGAUACGUGGAGAUUUUGUCCUUGUUAGUGGAGAUACAGUGAGUAAUAUGUCUCUUGCAGAGGCACUUGGAGAACAUAAGGAGAGGAGGAGAAAGGAUAGCAAUGCCAUAAUGACCAUGGUCAUAACACAGUCAAAAACAUCUCCAACAACACGUCAAUCUCGUCUUGGAACUGAUGAGUUGUUUAUGGCAAUUGAUCCUGAUACAAAGCAACUCCUUUAUUACGAGGAUAAGUCUGAUAAAGGAACAGUGUCACUUGAUAAGACAUUGCUUUCUGAUCAUCCAUCUAUUUAUCUACAUAAUGACAAGCAGGAUUGCUACAUUGACAUUUGCUCUCCGGAAGUCCUGAGCACAUUCGCUGACAAUUUUGACUAUCAACAUCUACGGCGUCAUUUUUUGAAGGGUUUGCUUGAUGAUGAUAUAAUGGGUUACAAGAUUUUCACUCAUGAAAUUCAAUCAAAUUAUGCGGCUAGAAUUGAUAAUUUCCGAAGCUAUGAUACUGUCAGCAAGGACAUUAUUCAAAGAUGGACAUAUCCAUUGGUGCCUGAUGUACAAUUUUUUGGAAAUUCUUCUGCUAAACUUGACAGACAAGGAAUGUACCGAGCAUCAGUGGUGGGGCAGUCACGUUCUGCGCAAGUUGGGCCAUUUACCGUUAUAGGAAGUGGCACUACCAUUGGAAGCCAGUCUCAAAUUUCAAAUUCAGUAGUUGGUGAAGGUUGUAAAAUUGGUGCAAAUGUUUCAAUAGAGGGUUGCUACAUAUGGCACAAUGUUACGAUUGAAGAUGGUUGUCAACUAAAGCAUGCAAUAGUGUGUGAUGGGGUGGUAAUAAAGUCAGGAGUGAUUCUCGAACCUGGUGUAGUCUUGUCAUACAAGGUUGUGGUAGGACAACAGUUUAUUGUUCCUGCAUACUCAAAGGUAUCCUUGUAUCAGCAGCCCAUCAAACAAGAUAGUGAUGAGGAACUGGAAUAUGCUGACAGCAGCAGUGGAUUCAUGGAUGCUUCAUCACUGUCUGGUCUGCCAGAUAAGUUGAAGGAAGAGUCAACUAUACAAUUAUCUGAGUCGCAGCUGCAGGCUGCAUCUGAGGUUGGUAGUGGUGGGGUUGGCUUCAUUUGGUCCACAAGUGAGGGCAGUCAUGAAGAGGAAUGGAGGCAUUCAGUUGCACCUAUUCCUGCAGCCAAGCUUCUUGAAAUUAUGCACACCUCAAACAAUGAACUUGAGGUGGUGCAACAAGAUGGCAAUCUUCCUCCUUCAGGGGAGCUGGAACGUGAUUCUGUUACUGCUAAUUCGAAUGAUUAUGAUGAUGAUGAUGUUGAUGUCAAAGAUGACUAUGAGUUUUUUGAGAACGAGGUUGAAGCUACUUUUAAACGGGCUCUAGAGGAGAAUAUUAAGGAAGACGAUGUAAUAUUGGAGGUCAACUCAUUGCGGUUGUCGUACAAUUUGGCAACUGCAGAUUGUUCUGGUGCAUUAUUCUAUUCAAUGAUGAAGUCAGCACUCAGUGCACCACAUCCAUCACCUAGUGAUUUGGUGAAAAAUGCUGCAACUGUCAUUACAAAAUGGAAAAAACUUUUGAAGUAUUACCUGCCAAGUAUAGAUGAAGAGGUUGGUCUAUUGAUCUCUUCAUCUGAUCCUGAUGAGAUCGAAGUGAUACUGAAAUUUGAAGAAAUGUGCUUGGAAUCUGCAAAGGAGUAUUCAACAGUGUUUGUACAGAUUCUGCAUCUUCUUUAUGACAAAGAUAUCAUACAAGAGGAAGCAAUACUCAACUGGGCAUCUGAGAAGGAAGGUGCUGAUGAGACUGAUAAGCUAUUUGUCAAGCAGGCAGAAAAAUUCACCCAGUGGUUGAACGAAGCAUCUGAAGAAGAGGAUUGAUAAAAUGUUUAAAUCAGGUCACCGAUUUUCAAGAUCUGUCUAUCAGAACUCUUCGAGUAUCAUCAUCAAGUGCUUGAGAUCAUCACCCCCUUUUCCUCUUACCUUGAUUGCUUGGAGGCUGUGUAUAUGUUCUAGAACUUCAUGGAGGUCUUAUAACCUGUCUGCCGGUCGUGCACGAUCUGACUUCUGGCAACUGCUUCCAUCUGCAAUUUUAACAUUCUGUCUGUGGUCAGACAAAUUGCUCACGAGCAAUUUCCCAUUUUUGUCCAUGAACUGAAGGAUUAUGGAGUGAGUAUUAACUUUGAAGGAUUAUGCUGAAUGGAAGUGUAAAUUUUGGGUUUUGCAUUGUAGUAAAGAAUAUAACACUAACAAUGUAAAUUCAUUGAUGAAAGGCAGUUCAUUGCUAAUAAUUUGUUUUGUUGUCUGUUGUUAAGUGAUUGGGGAAUUUGUACCCCCUCAUCCCUUUUGAACAAUUAUGCAGUGAAUUUAGUUCAUACU